AUGUCCGAUUCUGAACUACUCGCAUUGGAUUCUCAAUUCAAUGUCAGACCAGUUGACAUUCAAAAGAGUUACGGUUUCGCUGCUGGUCCAAGACUAUCGUCUUCUUCCCUCUCUAAUUGCGAUAAAGAUUCUCUAGACUCGGGCAGUUUCAAGAAUCUCUCUCCAAACGCAAUCUUGAACGAGUACCCGACAAAGCCAAUCAUUACCAAAAACUCCAUCUGCUUCAACUACAAGCACGCGGACUUGAGAAAUUCGGAUCUGAACGACAAGUUCUACUUGAUAAUGCUGUCCAGCAAGUCCUACUCCUUAUCUUCGUUGGACUACUACAUCAAUAAGAUCUCGUCCAAGGGCGACACGAUCGUGAUAUGCUGUUCUUUAUCUACCUCGAUUUUGGGGAAUGAUAAAAACGAGAUGUUGGAUGAGUUCAUCAACUCGUUUACAAAUUUGAUCUUGUCUCAUUUGGAAAAUAGCUCGAGUUUGGUUCACCCCAUCAACAUCACUCUGGAGUUUUUCAAGUCCGGUGCGUUCUUUGCCGAAGUGUUCAACCUAUAUCAGCCAAGCCUCAUCAUAGUUGGCACCAAUAAUGCAAAGACCAAGUCUACUUCGAUGACCACUGCAAAUAGGAAAUUACUAUCUGUUGUUUACGUGGGUAAUGACCAGAUCCUAAAUCCUCCUGCAUCUGAUUACAGUAAUGGAAACGCCGGCCAAUCAGUGAAGAGCAGUAACGCACAAGUCACUUUCAAAGUUCCUUUCAAGUCGAAGGAUGAGGGAAGUAAUGAUGCUGUCAAACAAAAGCAAACCCCUAAAAUCGUGGUGGACCCUCCCCGCAUUUCUCAUACAGUGAGCCAUUCGUCGAUAGAUUCAAAUUCCUCGGAUUCCAACAAGUUGUCCAAGAUGAAGACAAAUGACACACAAACGUCGUCGUUGUUUGACAACUUGAAUGACACUCCACUCUUAGAUUUGUGCAAGACAAGCAGUAAUUCAACAAGUACUAGUUAUGACUUUCUCAGGACUGAUUCUAAUUCUUGCGAUACGUCAAGAAGAAGAAGUAUGUUGGAUGUGCUAAAUUCAGACACGGUAUUAUCCAAGUCUUCAAGCAACGACGACAGUUAUCAGUGCGCAAUAGAUGAUUCAGAUGAUGCAUCUCCAGAGUGUAACAGGCAAAACCAGCUAGGCAGGCGCACUUCCCGGAGUAGCUCAGGUAGUUUCGAAAAUCCAAAACCUUUGGUCGGCCACGAGAAACAGAAGCAGGAACUUUUUGAAAAGUAUCAGCGGAGAUUAUCUGCUGUGAAGGUGGGCCCUCAGGCUUCUAAAUCCGGUGCCACUCCGACUACGAGUAAUAAUGUUAACCCUAGUGCUACCAACGAUAAAGCCGGCAACAGCAAGAAACCCCCUUCCAAGGGCUCUGAAAGUAAAAGUAUUUUCAAAAAGUGGUUCAAGGGCUAG